AGGUGGCAUUAUCCUGUAACACCAGCUGAGAAGAUGGGACUAUGAGUGAAGAGUGCAUCUUGGAGAUUGCAUGCAGUUCAUUUCCUGGGGCAAAACUGGAUUGAUUUGAGAACUGUAAUUAUGAGGCUGACAUGUAUGUUCUCCUUCAUUUUGCUGUUUGGAGCGGCUGGGCUUGUCGUCUUCAUUCAUCUGCAGGAUCCAGAAGAAAUAGUCCAUCAGCAGACACCAGGAAUAAAAUAUAACAUGGGACUCCAACAACCCAAAAAAGACUGCACUUCCAGCAACAAUCAGGAUGGAAGAAUAAGAAAAAGCACUGCAGAUGAAUUGUCGGUGGUAAAACAGAGGGGUUCAUUAUAUCCACCUGAAAACACACCAACUAUGCUUCAAAGCGGAGACAGAAGGCAAAACAACAUCAUGUUUCUGGUGAAAGACCAUCAGAAAAAAGGUGCAGAAACUAAUUCUAUCAGGUUCCAUAAACGGAGGAGGAGAUUUGUAAUUAAAAAGAGUCCUAUUCUGAUUGCCAUGAACAGUUCCACUCUCAACCUGCCUACACUUAAGUCUGAGGACAGAAACAAUGACAAGUGGAAAAGUCUCUAUCAGAUCCAAAAAGAGAGGAAAAGAAUAAUGGGAGAAACUUGCUCCAAAUACAAGAGUAACAACCGAAGGAUAAUCACUCCCUAUCACGUUUCUAGAAUAUUUGUAGAAGACAAAUACAGAAUUUUAUACUGUGAAGUUCCAAAAGCUGGCUGUUCUAACUGGAAGCGGGUGCUCAUGGUUCUCAAUGGUCUAGCUUCUUCCACUAAAGAUAUACAGCACAAUACAGUACACUAUGGAAAUUACUUAAAAAGACUGGAUGGGUUUGAUCGCAAAGGAAUUUAUCACAGGCUUAACACCUAUACUAAGAUGCUUUUUAUUCGUGAACCUUUUGAAAAGCUGGUAUCUGCAUUUCGGGACAAGUUUGAACAUCCAAACAAUUACUACCACCCUGUUUUCGGGAAAGCCAUCAUUUCUAGAUAUCGUGUCAAUGCCACCAAAGAAGCAUUAAGAACAGGUUCUGGAGUCAAAUUUAAAGAGUUCAUUCAAUAUCUACUUGAUGUACAUAGACCAGUGGGCAUGGACAUUCAUUGGGAUCAUGUCAACAGGCUUUGCAGCCCAUGCUUAAUAGACUAUGACUUCGUAGGGAAAUUUGAAAGCAUGGAAGAAGAUGCAAAUUUUUUCCUGCAUUUAAUUGGUGCUCCACAGAAUUUGACUUUCCCUAAAUUUAAAGACAGACAUUCUAAUGAAGAACGAACUACCACUAAAAUUACACAGCAGUACUUUGCACAGCUUUCCCCUUCUCAAAGACAACGCAGUUAUGAUUUUUAUUAUAUGGAUUACUUAAUGUUCAACUACUCAAAGCCUUUUGAAGAUUUAUAUUAAUUUAAGAGUAAAAACAGAUACUUGUAGGAUUAUAUUUAUCAAUUACAUAACAUGUCCGGGCCUUGGUUCAUUGAUAUACUCUAGAAGCUCAUCCCUUUUCUAUAUUUUCAAAAAAUAAUCACUGAAUUCACUUAACACAGUAAAGUCUAAAGCUUUUCAUAUAUUAAAAAAAAAUCUCAUUUUGGCAAAUUCAUGAUAGAGGAAAAAAUCUUGACUCUUCCUCUAUUAAAGGGAAAAAGGAAAGUAUAAAGUAUGUGUGAUUCCAUGUGGCUUCUACUAGAUGUUACUCUCUGUUUAGUAAAGGGUCAACUGAAGAGCAUUUCUGCAGCAUUAAAAGAGAAAUAUGGAGCAUACACCUAGAGCAUAAAGUGAUGCUUACUUCUGCACCUGAAUCGUCUCCUCUUUUAAAUCAUAAUUUUUUAUGAUUUCUCAAUAUUAAAUAUUUAUAUAUCAGGGCUACUAAAUAAAGUACAUGAUUUUG